AUGGCGUCGCCCGACCCGCAAAUGGAUACACACGCCCAGCGGCAAGCCGACUAUGAACGUUUCAAGAACUAUGCCGCAAUGACCUUCCUUGUCGCAUCGCCCGUGCUCAUUGCGCUCCCUCCGCGCAAGUUUGACUACCUGACUGUCAUGCACGCGAGUGCCUUCUGCAUCUCCGCAAACUAUAUCACACGCGAAAGAACGGGACGGAGUAUCGUCGAGCGGCUCGCGUCACGCCUUCCCACCCGCAAACCAGGGGUGCUCCGGGAUCUUCCCAGCGAUCGGGCGGAGGAAAUCCAGGCGCGGUUGCGCGCGGCCCGCGAGGCACAGAUAAAGGAGGCGGUAGGAGAGGAGCUGGAGAAGUUGAAGGCGAGGCAGGCGCAGGAUCAGGGGAUCGCAGAGCGUGUAUGGAUGGGCGGAGAGUCUCCUGGCUGGAUGGAAAGGCGGCUGCAAGAGGAGCAGAAAGCCCUCGAGGAAGGGAAGGGGUAUGGUGACCUGAUCCAAGAACAUAUCUGGGAUGUCUGGAAUUGGGGAAAGAAAAAGGAUGAGGAUGAGGAGGAUGAUUGA